UCGACUAUAGUAUCUGCUUCAUGCUGCUACAUUAUGUGGGUAAUCAAAGUACGUCUACAGUUCCCCUUGGAGGUACAGCCCUUUCAUCAUCAUCAACAUGGCUGCCGCAGACCAAGAAACCCACGCCAGCUCAGUUCGUCCUCGUUCCUACCAAGACGAGAGCUAUCAGCACGGAUUUCUUGGAGCUGUGGGUGACUUACAGAAGGAAGGGGAACUGCAGGAUGUCGUCCUUGAAGUCGAGGGCCGGCGGUUUCCCUGCCAUCGGCUUGUUCUGUCCGCGGCCAGCCCCUACUUUAGAGCCAUGUUUACAAGCGACAUGGCGGAAAGUCGGCAGAACACGGUUGUUUUACAAGGUUUGGAUGCAGAUAUGUUUGAGGAGAUCCUGAGUUACAUCUACUCGGGAACCCUACAUGUGUCCCUGGACAGAGUGCAGCCCCUGUACCAGGCAGCUGACCUCCUCCAACUGGACUAUGUGAGAGACACCUGCAGCAGCUACAUGGCCAUGAACGUGGAACGCUCCACCUGUGUGGACCUGUACAAGUUUGCUGAUGUUUUCAGGAUGGAUGUUGUUCUUAACUCUUGUCUGCAGUAUAUAUGUCAGCAUUUUGUGGAGGUUUCCUCCAGUGAGGAGUUCUGCAGCCUGAGUGUGAAUCAGCUGACUGAGAUCAUCAGCCAGGAUAAGCUGGAGGUUAAAGAGGAGACAAGAGUGUGGGAGGCUGUGGUGAGAUGGGUGCAGCACAGCAGGGAGGAUAGACUGCAGCACCUACCCAGCAUCCUCCCUUGCAUCCGCUUCAACCUGCUGACCUCAGACGACAUGGCAGCCAUCUUGGAACAUUCCCUGGUCAGGGAGGAUCAUGGGAGUUCUGAGCUCAUCAGGAAUGUGGUACAGACGAGAAACCCCAACCUGAAACCGAGGCUUGGGAUGACCACAGAAAUGGUUCUGCUGUACCAAGGAAACACAGAUGAGGUCAUGUGGAUGAACCCAGGAGAAAAGAAGUUCAUCAGGCGUCACUACAACCUAUUUCCUGUUAGGUGUACCAUUUUUCCAGACAAUGAGAUCUAUAUUUUAGCUGAACUUGAAGGUUCAGAUGACGUUACCCUGCAUAUGUACAAUCAUGUCGAGGAUAAAUGGGAACAAAAGUCUACGGUGUACGUAGGAACAGGUCAGCAGGUGCCCCGUCACUACCUUGUGGAAGUCGAUGGACAUCUUUUUCACCUUCUCUCGGAGUGGGAGGGGUCAGUGUUUGAGCUGAAGAAAUACAACCAGAACACAAAUGAGUGGCACAACUGCUCAACACCUCAACAGGUUGAGCGGUCUCACGCCCAAGUAGCAGUGUCCUGCAAUCAGCGCAUCUAUCUCUUCUCAACUAACGAAAUGCAUUGGUAUGACCCAAGGGAAGACCGGUGGACCCGGAAAGUCCUGUCAGAAGUGGAAUUUGAUUAUGACCUCUGUUCAGCAGUUGCCAUGGGAACAGAGAUCUUCUGCACAGAUAAUGGGUUCACGAAGAUGUUGGUAUAUUACACAGAGGCAGACAGCUGGUCUGAGCAUUCAGGGUUGCCCGACACAAAUGAAGAGGUUAACAUUGAAUGCUGCACUCUCUUUGUACUCCAAAACAAGCUGCGUGCAUUGGUUGGCUGCAACGAUUUCUCUACGUCAGACUCCUUGCCCCGGCUAUAUGAGCAGGUUUAUGUGUAUGACAGGUCUGAAGAUGUUUGGAGAGAGUCGUCUGUCAUGCCAGGUGAGCUUUGGGAUAUGGAUUCUAUGAACACCGCGGCUCGGAUGUACCUACCACAUCUGAACACCAGCCAUGAAGAAACACAGGGUGUAGCAAACCCAGAGGGUCCACCUGGGGAAUAACUCCUGACCAGUUGUCCAUGUUUCAGUAGUGCACAACCAAUCAGAGAAUGUGUGGGGACGUGCUGGAACAUCCUCAUGGAUUACAUUUAGAUUGGACAGACUUCGAUGGCUUUUUUGUCUGGGUUGGGUUCAUACCUCUCCGUAGAAAGAAGAGAGUUCAGGAGGGAAUAGUAAUCCCUAAAGACCUGAGCAGACCUGUCAUACUUUUAUUCAGUGUGUUUUCACUAAGUUUUAGCACAGGACUGUUGAAGGGUAUCUGUGUGUUGUACAGUUUCCAGUUCUUCGAAUGCCCUACUAUGGGGUGGAUGUUUCUGCAUGCAAACUAGCACUGUAACCUUUACUGGAAAGUGAUGCCUGCUUCUCAAAGUGAUCUGAUGUACAAAUACGGCUUACAAGACCACACAUUCUUGAAGAAUUGUGUCCAAUUAUUGCAUGCAUUUUAUUGUUAGUACCUGUUCUCACAUUCCCUACUAGUAUUUAAACCAUAUGUAUGGUCACUUAAUAUUGAAAGAUUAUAGCGCAGUUGGUACUUGAUCAAUCACCUUGAAUUAUAUAUCAAUAGAAAGCUUAGUUUGCACCCUCAUAUCACACUAACAAAAUUUAUGUGCACUUGUUAUGUAUUUACUCAAAGUUCUGUCACAUCUUGUUGACAAUGUAUACUUUUUAUAACAAUACAGAUGAAUAGUAAUAGCUGUAUUUUUUAAGCACUAUUUUUACAGAGAUUAAAUUGUUUUUCACUCAAACAUGUGUUUCAAACCUUUUCUUGAGAAAACUUUAAAAAUCCCCCAACACAAACCCAGAGUGAGGAUAUUACAGAACCAACCCAUAGGUUCAUUGUGUUGGGAAAUUCCAUGAAACAAAAUAAAUAAACUGGAUAAAUGCGCUGAAGACUCAGUCUCAGACACCGAUAAAAGAUAGUGGAUGAAUAUCUGACUCAUUCAGUCUUACUGGUAACAGAUUUUUACCAAGGAAAAUGAAAAACACCACCCUAAACAGGAUAUAAAGACACCAACACCCUGCUUAUAGUUUGAUCAACGCUUUGGUUGUAUAAUGUCGAAA